CACACUAGACAUUACGUGCAGUCCUAGAUAACUAAUUUCUGUUGCAGAUUUUCUCAAGAUGUUGCGCAAAUGGCUUCAAUUACUAGUUAAACAUCAUCCAUGUUUAGUUUUCUCCAACGCAGUCAGCGGGUUUCGCGUUCUGUUAUUGUGUUCUUCCGCGGCUUCCGUAGUUCGCUACACAGUUGUGUGUUCGGAAUGGCUAACGACAGGCUGAGGGCAUUAGAAGAUGUGGAGAAGGAGAUAGCUUUAGUGCUGCAGAGCGCAGGAACGAUCGUGCUGGAGCUUUCUAAAGAGAAGGCCAAUGCCAGUUUAUUAGACCGACAGCUAAACCAGUUCCAGACCUCCGUCAACAGAGUUGAGAGUGAACUGAGUGCACAGAUCCGGUAUCUGACACAGGUGGCAACAGGUCAGCCUCAUGAGGGAUCGACAUACUCUGCCAGAAAGGACUGUCAGAUGGCCCUAAACCGUGCAGAAUAUGCCCGCAUCAAACUGGGAGAGCUGGGACACACCUGCGAGAUAAUGCUUGAUCCGCAGACAUAAAGACCUAUUAAAUGGACUGUUGCAUUGCAAUAUCUGCCAGCUGACUUUAUAAGUAUCUACACGCAUCAAAACCUUAUUGAAUCCCAUCUACAAGCAUCCACACUUUUUGUUCUUCAUAAUCUAAAGAAAUUUUGUUUGACAAACUCAGUGAUUUAAAUAUAUUUCCCGUUGUAACAUCACCAAAGCUUUUGUCUUAUUGAGAAAUGUUACACGUUUUCUUAUUUUCUGUUAUCAAUUUUUUAUAGUUAUGACAAAAGAACAAUAAAAACAUUUUUUC